AUGGAUCAACAUCAUCUCAGUACCGCUCAUCCAAUCGUACAAGCCGGGAAUUGCAUGGGCGACCUUCAGCCUGAGCAUCAGCUAUGGAAGACAUUAUGGCACUCACAACAGGGAGACGGAGUCCCUCUCUUCAGCCAGCAUGCGGUUGCAAGAGAUAUGACCCUCACAGACCAGGAUACCGACAUCCACAACGACUGCUGGCUGCUGCAGAUUCCUGAGCAUAUCCUCGGUGGCACCUGCACGUCUCCAAUUCUCUUCCGCGAGGAGUACUUCGAAGCCCUACAAUCUCUCUUUCGUGCCGUGGGAUGGGACCACACACACAUCGGCGUAGACGACGCAGAUUCUCCUGGCCCCGAGUUUCGAAACCCCCUUCUCCGACGCCGAGAAGUCGCCCAGGAGGGACGGAGGUCAUGCUUUAUCCUCGAAGGCGGCCCUGGAAUUGGUUCGUCAUCAAUGGCCAUGUUCCGUAUAGUCCCCUCGAUAACUUGGGAGGUCAGGCAAAACGCAAUGUGGGCACCAGAUCGCAUUGUCUUCUUUGACCAGGAUGGGCCAGUGUACUACCGCACCGUGGACGAUGUCCUGAAUUCUGCUGCUGCUGUUCAACUCUGGCACUCUAGAGAGCUCUGGGUACUCGUGGACGUCAAGAACGACCACCAGCACCCCGUAGACAGACUUUACCACUCCAGGGGGGUAUUCGUUAUCCAGGCUACGACAACGAACAUCAGGUAUACAAGGUGGAGGGACAAGCUCAGUUAUCCGGGUGUAUCCUUCCUCCUCCGGCCAUGGUCGCUCGCUGAGCUCAUCAUCGGACGAAAGCUACACGAGCACGCACCGUCGGAGCGUUCGAUCCACGACUUUGUGCAGAAAUUCGGCACCGCACCGCAAGCCGUAUACAAAUACGCCGAUGCUCAGAAGGAAUACGAAGCCGAGGUCCUCACCUCGCUCUCCUCUCCACCCUACCUUACAUCCACAUCCUUUGACGAGAUUGCCACCGACUUGCCCGCACUCAUCGUCCUCCGGCCUACCAACCGCCACCCAGUCGCAGGUUACGCAGCCCACCUCGUCUCCGCGCACGCCGCAGGCCUCCUCAUGCGCGCCAAGGUCCCGGCGGCGGCGAAACAGGCGCUCGCGAGGGCGCUCUACUACGAGUUCCUCGGGGUGCCGUUCCUCAGGCCGCCGCAUGCGCUCGAGUCGGCACUCUGGAUCCGCGAGGCUAACGCACGGCGUAGUUUGUGUGAAGGGCGGGUGUGGGGGCUCUAUCCUGCGGAUAUGGCGCCGAACGGGUGCUCGAAGGCAUUGGAGGAACGACCGUACGGUGUGCCUCCUACAAAGCACUUGUUCGUGCACCCGGGGGCGGCGAGGGUGUCUAUCGAAGACGGGCUCGUGCCUCCCGAUUUGCGCCCCUUUUAUUACAUCGGCCCUACCAUCGCUGACCCGGAGACCGUCCUCGCAGAUGUCGACCUCGACUACGUGCUGCUCUACGAUCGCAGGACGCACCAUGCCAUCGUCCUCGAGCCGCUCAAACCGAUCUCUCCGAUGCCCGCGUUCGAGGAGGAGACAAGGCGUCGUCUGCAGGCGUUGCGCAGCGAUGGCGCACGGGAGAUAACUUACGUGCGCGUGCGGACGAGCCGCUAUGAGGGUGUUAGCUUAGCCGUGGGCGAUUUGGUCGAUGAGGCGUACGAUAUGUACCCUCCGCCGGAGGAUCCCAUCGGCGGCAGGGGGAUGUUCAUUUGA